AUGGGUCCGGAUCAACACGCGCAAUUGGAUGCUUUUGGGAUUGUCUUCCCUUUCCCUAUUCGUAUAGCAGCCCUUUUGGUUGCCGGUUUCUGGGGAUGGGCUUUCAAUUUACAUUACCUGGCCAAGGCCAACAUUGAUGUUCCAUCUCUCGUUCGAUAUCCAGUCCCUACCCCCUCCGAAAGGCCACACCAUAUUGCUGCGUAUCGCUUAGCCACUAUCUUCACUAUUCCCCUAUCUAUCUGGCUCAUCGUUUUCUGGAUCGCUACGCACCACUCCCGCGAGCUGGUCGAACGCUUGGAUUACAUCCCGCAGUCGGUUUUUGUCAUCCUCCUCCUGAUCCUCAUCUGGCCGUUAAAUCGGGCGGCCCGCCGUGGUCGGAUUCGCUUCCUCCUCACAUUCAAACGGGUCCUCAUCGGAGGGUUGGCAGACGCCAAAGAUGGAAAGUUCGCUGAUAUUCUACUGGCCGAUGCCUUGACAAGUUAUGCUCGUGUUCUGGGAGACAUCUAUAUCAGCUUUUGCAUGUUUUUCACAGACGACAUCUCGGCCACUUCGAAGCCAAAUCGCGCAUGCGGCCAGGAUUACAUUGUGCCAAUUAUCGUGGCAGUCCCCUUUACAAUUCGACUUCGCCAAUGUUUGACGGAGUACUUCCGUUCUCGACGGUCGUCCUCUCGAGCAGAAUCUAACAAGGGAAAUCAACACUUGGCAAACGCUUUAAAAUAUGCCACCGCAUUUCCAGUCAUCUGGUUAAAUGCGAAGCUCCGAAAUUACAACCCACUGGAAUUCCACGGCUUCAGUGAGAUGACUAUCAUGCAUCUGCUAUUCGUCUUUUCUUGUAUCAACUCAGGUUAUUCUUUCUGGUGGGACGUGGUCAAGGAUUGGGACUUGACGCUUUUCUCUCCCGAACGACUCAGUUUGGAACAUCCUUACGGGCUUCGCCGAGAUCGACAGUUUUCUUCCGAUCGAUUGUACCACUACGUCAUCGCGGCAGACUUUGCCCUCCGUUUCUCAUGGCUGUGGCGCGUGCUGCCGGGACUCUCAUGGCUCCCAGAAACCGAAAGUGGUCUAUUUUUACUCAUGGCCCUUGAAAUCGCACGCCGCUGGAUGUGGGUGUUUUUCCGCGUCGAGGCUGAACACUUCCGAACCCGCAACGGAAUCAUGCUGGGCGACAAUGAGGUUAGCCUUAAUCUGGUUGGCCGCAAAUUCGCAGAUUAA